UCCUUUCUUUCCUUCGCAGGCACAUGGAAUUGUUAUGCAUGAAAUAAGGGAUGUGUUUUCUGCUCUGUUCGGAUUGCUACGCAAGCUGUGUUUUUGCACAAGGGGUAAAGUCCACCAAGGUCACAGAGUAAUUUCAGUCUGGCCAUUUUGGCUGCCAAUGUUAAAGGACUGGGAGAAGAUUCGGCAUGGAUCAUGACGACAUAGAAAAACUGGCGUUAGAGCUGCAUGAAACGGGGAGUGCCUGGGGUCCUUUCCAGAUGGCAGCAAGCACCGGCUUGGUCCUUUAUUUUGCCUGGGCCGGAUCUCUUGCCCUUGGCCUACGCAAAGUUUAUUUACAGGUGCCAUAUGUACCCUCCAGUGUCAAGCAAGUGAGGAAUAUGAUGUCGCUGCUGCAGGGGCGUUCUGGGAAGCUGGUGGAUUUAGGAUCGGGUGAUGGCAGAAUUGUGCUGGAGGCUUACAAACAAGGCUUCAGGCCGACAGUUGGCUAUGAGCUCAAUCCAUGGCUUUUACAACUGUCCAACUUUCGUGCCUGGAGGGCUGGGUGCUAUGGAAAGGUUUUCUUCCGGCGAGAAGACCUUUGGAAGGCAGAUCUCUCUGACUGCAACAAUGUCACUGUGUUCCUGGCUCCCAGCUUGGUCCCGCUCCUGGAGAGAAAACUGCUUUCAGAACUCCCAGAUGGGGCCUGCGUGGUGACUGCCCGCUUCCCUUUCCUCAACUGGAUUCCUACCAGCAUUGCUGGAGACAGCUUAGAAACAGCCUGGGCCUAUAACAUCACGGCAGUACGGCAAGCGGGCAGACAGAUGCCCAGCCAAAGGCUAAACCUGCUCCAUAAAACUCAGCUGUGCAGGGAAAAUGGAAAGGAUGCAUGAAAUCGACAACAGUGCCUUUUCUUUUGCUAUUAGUUGUCUUAACUAGUGGGGAGGGGGAGUUACUGGUUUGCGUUUGCUUUAUUAU